AUGAUUACAUUGCAGCUAGCCAUAGUUUUUGGGACUGCCACGUUGAGCUAUGGAAGUGAAUGUGUUGGAAAGACUCCACCUGCGGAAAUGGAUUUGAGCAGUAUCAGCUUCCUCCAAAGCUAUAAGGUGUCUGGAGUGAUUUCCGAUUGGUUUAAUAAAAAUGCUGUUGCCUUCGAUGAAUUUGCAAAUUCUGACCUGAUUUCGACGUUGCUUUCCUAUCGAAGUGGCACUUCUUUACAAUGGGUAACCAUAAAAGCUGACAAGAACGUAUUUUUAUACAACAGAACAAUUGGAUACUGUGAUAAGGCGAAUUCAUCAUGCUUGGAGUCAUUUCCUGAACUUUUGCGUGUUUCAAAAAAUCUGUCAUCUAUGGCAACGUUGCUGGAGGGUCUAGUGGAUUUCUCGAAGACCAACAAAGGAUUUAAGCGUGGACACAAGAUUGUGGCCGGUAUGAAAGGAGUGCACUGGGUCUCAUGCGUAAAGGAUACGGACGGUUCAGACAAUCUUCAAGUAGAGGUGGUGUUCACUGAUGAGAAUCCACUGAAACCACCUUCUUCCGCUUUCAACAACCCAUUAGUUGUUUUCCUGCAAGUUGGAGUGUAUGGAAACUUUUCAGGUGAAAUUUCAGAGCAGUUUUCUAUUCUUUUUAUCUGA